GGUGGAAACUCUCAACUAGGAGCGAUACUUUGGAGAUGUUCGGCUCAUUCGGGAGAUCAGGAUUUCACAGACCUGAGGGACUGCAGCUGAGCAGUUAACCAAGGCAUCGAUAUGGAGGUUUCCAACCCUCUGAAGAUGUACGGCCUGUACCUGGAAGCCGUCAACGAUUAUAUUAAUGAAUCCUACGGAGAGGACGUGUGGAGGCUCAUCGAGAACCGAGCAGAGAUACCCCACCUUAAGUUCGUCCGACAUCAGAUGUACAAUGACAACCUGAUCCUGCGGCUGGCCAAGGCGGCAGGUGAGGUUCUGGGAAAGACCCACGACGAGCUGAUGUACGCCUUCGGGGUCUAUAUGGUCAAGAGGAUCGGAAACUACGGAUACGAGCGGAUCCUAAAGGUCUUGGGGCGAAAUGUGCGCGACUUCAUCAACGAGCUGGACAACCUGCACGAGUACUUUCGCUUCUCCUUCCCCAAAGUGCAGCCGCCCAGCUUCUGCGUGGAGGAGGAGUGCGAGACGAGCCUCACGCUGCACUAUCGUAGCACCCGCAAAGGUUUCACCCAGUUCGUCAAAGGACAGCUGUCUCAAGUGGGACGGCAAUUCUACAGCACAGACAUCGAAGUGGAAAUCCUGUCUAAAGAGGAGACGGAGAAAAUGACGUAUGUGGUCUACAAGAUGAACUUCGACAACGCAGCCUUCAAACACCGCACGCCGCAGCAGAAGACGGCGCCGGGCUACGAGAAGCUGCCGAUGAAGCGAGGCCUCUUUUUCGACAUGUUCCCCUUCAGCGUGAUCUUCCGCCGCGACAUGACCAUGUACCGCAUCGGAGACGGCCUCAAAGAGGUCUUCUCCGACCUGCAGGGCAAGAAGGUCAACGAGGAGUUCACUCUGAUCAGACCCAUGCUGGAGUUCACCUGGGAUAACAUCUACACCCAUCUGAACAAUGUGUUUGAGCUGCUGUCUGUAGCGGUGGUGGAGAGCAAGCAGAAGGUCAACAUUCCCAAACUGAGCAAGGAGGAUCCGGAGGAGAGUCGAGAGAAGGAGGAGAAUGAGAAAGCAAAGAGAGAAGAAGAAAGAGGUAACGG